CCUGGGUUUCUCUUUGUGUGUGAAUGUUUUCAUGUCCCAUUACUUGGCUCAAACUUCCAUCUAGCACCUGGCAAAAUAGAACCCGCUGACUGGCUCGGCCUCCCCAAGGAGGCCCCAACUCAACUUUGAGUUCUAUGAGAAAGUGGAAACUAAACAGCAGCAAGAAGCAAUAGUGCUCUCAUCUGCCUGUGAACAGAGUCCAGGUUGACUCCCACGGUGUUCCAGUACUCCGGAAGCAGAUCACUGGCAGUUCCCAGAGAGAAGAUGAGGGAAAUUUCUGGUCCUUGGAGCCCGCAAGGGUAACAUUCCCUUUGUCCAUGCACGGCUCCCAGGCCUCCUCCAUCCAGAGUUUCCAGGAUGGCUUCUGCAUCACCUUCUAAAUAUAAUUCACACUCCUUGGAGAAUGAGUCUAUUAAGAGGACAUCUCAAGAUGGAGUCACUCGGGAUCUCAGUGAGGCUGUCCCUCGACUGCCAGGAGAAACACUAAUAACUGACAAAGAAGUUAUUUACAUAUGUCCUUUCAAUGGCCCCAUUAAGGGAAGAGUUUACAUCACAAAUUAUCGUCUUUAUUUAAGAAGUUUGGAAAUGGAUUCUGCUCUAAUACUUGAUGUUCCUCUGGGUGUGAUCUCAAGAAUUGAAAAAAUGGGAGGCGCGACAAGUAGAGGAGAAAAUUCCUAUGGUCUAGAUAUUACUUGUAAAGACAUGAGAAACCUGAGGUUUGCAUUGAAACAGGAAGGCCACAGCAGAAGAGAUAUGUUUGAGAUCCUCACGAGAUACUCCUUUCCUCUGGCCCACAGUUUGCCAUUAUUUGCAUUUUUAAAUGAAGAAAAAUUUAAUGUGGAUGGAUGGACAGUUUAUAAUCCAGUCGAAGAAUACAGAAGGCAGGGCUUGCCUAAUCACCAUUGGAGAAUAACUUUUAUUAAUAAGUGCUAUGAGCUCUGUGACACUUACCCUGCUCUUUUGGUGGUUCCAUAUCGUGCCUCAGAUGAUGACCUCAGGAGAGUUGCAACUUUCAGAUCUCGAAAUCGAAUUCCAGUGCUGUCAUGGAUUCAUCCAGAAAACAAGACAGUCAUUGUCCGUUGCAGUCAGCCUCUCGUUGGUAUGAGCGGUAAACGAAAUAAAGAUGAUGAGAAAUAUCUUGACAUUAUCAGGGAGACUAAUAGACAAAUUUCUAAACUCACGAUCUAUGAUGCAAGACCCAGUGUAAAUGCAGUGGCCAACAAGGCAACAGGAGGAGGAUAUGAAAGUGAUGAUGCCUAUCAUAAUGCCGAACUUUUCUUCUUAGACAUUCAUAACAUUCAUGUUAUGCGGGAAUCUUUAAAAAAAGUGAAAGACAUUGUUUAUCCUAAUGUAGAAGAAUCUCACUGGUUGUCCAGUUUGGAGUCUACUCAUUGGUUAGAACAUAUCAAGCUUGUUUUGACAGGAGCCAUUCAAGUGGCAGACAGAGUUUCUUCAGGGAAGAGUUCGGUGCUUGUGCAUUGCAGUGAUGGAUGGGACAGGACUGCUCAGCUGACAUCCCUGGCCAUGCUGAUGUUGGACAGCUUUUACAGGAGCAUUGAAGGGUUUGAAAUAUUGGUACAAAAAGAAUGGAUAAGUUUUGGACAUAAAUUCUCAUCUAGAAUAGGUCAUGGUGAUAAAAACCACACGGAUGCUGACCGCUCUCCUAUUUUUCUCCAGUUUAUUGACUGUGUGUGGCAAAUGUCAAAACAGUUCCCUACAGCUUUUGAAUUCAAUGAACGAUUUUUGAUUAUAAUUUUGGAUCAUCUGUAUAGUUGCCGAUUUGGUACUUUCUUAUUCAACUGUGAAUCUGCUCGAGAAAGACAGCAAGUUACAGAAAGAACUGUUUCUUUAUGGUCGCUGAUAAACAACAAUAAAGAAAAAUUCAAAAACCCCUUCUAUACUAAAGAAAUCAAUCGAGUCUUAUAUCCAGUUGCCAGUAUGCGUCACUUGGAACUCUGGGUGAAUUACUACAUCAGAUGGAACCCCAGAAUCAAGCAACAACAGCCGAAUCCGGUGGAGCAGCGGUACAUGGAGCUCUUAGCCUUGCGCGAUGAAUACAUAAAGCGGCUUGAGGAAUUGCAGCUUGCCAACUCUACCAAGCUUUCUGACCCCCCAACAUCACCUUCUAGUCCUUCCCAAAUGAUGCCCCAUGUGCAAACUCACUUCUGAGGGGGACCCUGACACUACAUUAGGGCUCUGAAUAAAGGAAAUAGUUGGCUUUCAUUUUGGGCAUCUGUACAAAGUAGAUUAAAAUAUUUGCCUCCAUGUAGAACUUGAACUAACAUAAUCUUAAACUCUUGAAUAUGUGCCUUCUAGAAUACAUAUUACAAGAAAACUACAGUGUCCACACGGCAGUCAGAAGAAAGGAGCCAAGAUGAGGGUUUUGGAAAAUGCUGACACUGUUAAAAAGCAGCUUUUGAAAGAUAAAAUUUAAAUUUAAUUUACCUCUAGAGAAAUACUAUAUAUAUAAUAUGCAUUUUGUGGGCUUAAUUAAAACAUUAUUUUAAAUUAAAGGGGGAAAAUAUGUUUAUAAAAUGGAUUUUCCUCAAGCUCCUUAGUGGAUGCUUUGGAUUAUCCAAAAUGAAUCCAAAUGUGAAAGAUGUGUUAUUGCCAAAACCAAAUUGAACUCAGCUUCCAUGGCGUUACCUAAGAGCAAGGUGUUUAAGUAAUUGCCAACUUUUAUACCAUCAUAAGUGGUGACUUAAGGAAAAAUAGCUGUGGGGAUGAGUUUUUCAUUAUUUGGAAGUUGUGGAAUAUAAAAUGUUUUCCCCUAAUUCUCAAGAGAAGUUUAUUUUUAUAUUAAAAAACUGGUGGGGCCCAGUUAAAUAUGAUUUGAUUUUUUUUAACUGCCAGUUCUGUUUUUUUGUAAUUCUUCCAUGAGCUUGCCUAAAAUUCUGAAUCACUUUCAGGUGGUGGCACUGUUCAAGGAUGGCAGGUGCAUUCUGCUGCUUAGGUUGCAAACAUUGCUCUAGUCAAUCCAGCUUAUCUGCCAAAAUGUAGACUUGUGCAUCUUGAGUGUGUGAGCUGUUGCUAGAGCAUCAUACUUUGAAAUGAAUGCCCCAGAUGUACAUUUGCUGAGUGUAUUCUCAAAAAUAUUGUUUAUAAAUUUCAAUUUAAAUGGUGUUGGUUUCCCUUCCCCACCCCCCAAGCGUGCAUAAAAACUGGUUCUACAAAUUUUUACUUGAAGUACCGGGGCAGUUUGCUUUUUCAGGUUGUUUUGUUUUGUAGUAUAAAGUGAAAAGUUAAAUGCACAAUUCUAUUUGCUAUCUAAACUAAUUCAUUUAAUGAGUAUAUUUGUGAAAGCUAAGGCUAGCGUUAAAACAAUUAAUGUGUUUUACAAUGAUUUGUAAAGGAUUAUUUAUAGCUGGUAUGGUUUUGUUUUCAGUGAAUUAAGAGAAAUUAAAUAUAUCUUUGUAAAUUAUUUUAUGGCAUAGCUUAAUUGAUCUACCAAAUAAGACAUCUCAAGUACAGUAGUAUAAUGUAUGAAUUUUGUAAGUAUAAGAAAUGUUAUUAGACAUUCUCUUGCUUUUUGUAAAUGCUGUAAAUAUUUCAUAAAUUAACAAAGUGUCACUCCAUAAAAAGAAAAAAAGCUAAUACUAAUAGCCUAAAGGAUUUUGUGAAAUUUCAUUGAAAACUUUUUCAUGGCAAUAAUGACUAAAGACCUGCUGUAAUAAAUAUAUUAACUAAAACCUAA